AUGGCCGACCCCAAUGGCCCCCGACAGACGCCGCAGAUCCGCCUCAACUCCGGAAGCCAUGAUCCCUUCACGGACGUCGAUGAUCCGUACGUGUCGGCGCCAUCCCCGCAAAUCGGGCGGGCUCUGACCUCCGAGAUGACACACUCGCCGUCGUCCGGCACCGUGCGGACAGUAUACGCAUCGACCAUCCCACAGGAGUCCACCGAGUUCUUGAUCCCCCCACCACCACACCGGCCUCGCGACGAGUACAGCGCCAGUCUGCAUUCUCCAGAGCGCUCUGUCCCACUAUCGCGGCGGACAAGCUGGACCUCCGACGGAGCGAGCUACGACGCCCGCGGAUAUGCCUCCAUCCCGUUCGAGGACUCGCGCGCGCCGUCCCGCGCGGGAAGCGACGAGAACGACGUGAACACGCAGACGGUGGCCGGGAAGUACAACAUCACGCCCACAGAAGGGCUGCUGCUCUUCCCGGAAGAUGUAGAGAAGGACGACGCCAUGCACAACCCGGACCCGGAUGACUACGAGCGAGAAUGUGAUAUCUGGAACCGACGGGGUCUCAUCAACGUCGGCGGGUUGGUCUUGCUGACUGUGGGCUUCCUCGUGCUGUUUAUCGGUUACCCCGUUAUAACAGCUGUCAAGGGGAUGAAAAAAGGUGGAACGCUUUGUCACCCCGGGGAUACGCUAUGUCUCGACGUAGGGGAGCGUCCGCUGCUGUCUAAUAUGAGGAAAGGGCUUAUUGACCCCGAUACCCCGGAGUCUGCUAUGUCCAAGAAGGCUGCCGAUGGCACCGAGCUGAAACUAGUAUUCUCCGACGAGUUCAACACCCCCGGCCGAACAUUCUACGAUGGGGAUGAUCCGUUCUAUCAGGCGGUGGAUAUAUGGUAUGGCGUGACGCAGGAUCUUGAGUGGUAUGAUCCAGACGCUGUCACCACCAGGGACGGUGUCUUGGAACUUCGAUUUGACGCCUUUCCCAACCACGAACUGAAAUACCGCUCCGGCAUGGUCCAGAGCUGGAACAAGCUCUGUUUCAGCGGCGGUCGUCUGGAGGCCAGUGUAUCGCUGCCAGGAUCCGGUGACGUGUCAGGCUUCUGGCCGGGCUUCUGGGCAAUGGGCAAUCUGGGACGACCCGGGUGGGCCGCCACUACGGAAGGGAUGUGGCCCUACAGCUACCACGACAAGUGCGAUGCCGGGAUCACGCCCAACCAGAGCUCCCCGGACGGAAUCAACUACCUGCCAGGCAUGCGUCUACCGGGUUGUACAUGUGGAGGUGCCGACCACCCCACUCCGGGAAAGUCGCGAAGUGCCCCCGAAAUCGAUGUAAUCGAAGCGAGCGUCCGUCCGCUCAAUGAUGACGGCGGGGCUGUUGUCGGUGACGUGUCGCAGAGUCUGCAGAUGGCUCCGUUUGAUAUCUGGUAUAUGCCUGACUAUGACUUCACCGCUGUAUACGAUCCCAAAGUCACAUCGAUCAACUCAUACCGCGGAGGCCCUCUCCAGCAAGCCAUGUCCGGCCUGACCUACUUAAACAACGACUGGUACAACGGCAAGCAGUACCAGACGUACGCCUUCGAGUACACCCCAGGGGCAACCGGCGAAGUGACAUGGUUCGUGGGCGAGAACAAAACCUGGACUCUGGACGGGCGCUCCAUCGGACCCAACGGGAAUAUCGGCCAGCGGAUGAUACCCUUAGAGCCUCUGGCCAUGGUCAUGAACUUGGGUAUGGCCGAGAGUUUCGCCGGCAUCAACGACUCCAUCACGAACUAUAUGCCCGGCGUGAUGCGGUUCGAUUACGUCCGGAUUUAUCAGGACCCGGAUAAUAUCAGCCUCACCUGUGAUCCGCCGGGCUAUGAAACGACUGAGUACAUAGAGAAGCAUCCCGAGGCUUACAAAAACCCUAACAAGACGACCUGGGCGGAAACUGGCUACGACUGGCCGAAGAAUUCUUUCAUGCAUGGCUGUUGAUUUUGCACAUUACAUAGUAUCUUUCUUAAACGCUGUGACUUGGUCACGGAUACAUAGCAUUGAGCGCUGCUUUGGCAUGUCUUGAGCCUGCGUCACUUGUCAGCGCAGGUGGACGGCUCAAUCUGCGCUUGAAGACCGAUUUCUUUCAUCUUUUUAUUCUCCCUUCAAAAAGGCUCUGUGAGCCAACUUUACCAUUCUCUAGUGAUCGGUGUCGGAGGGCGUUGUUAUUCAGAUACGGUGGUUCGUGCUGAGGCUGGAGUGGUUUGGUGAUACUUGACCUUUUUUCUCCCUUUCUCGUUUUUUCAAUUCUUGUUCCAUUUCUGUUUCUGUUUGUAUCUUUGAUAUCCUAAUCGUG